UUGACUUGACAGUCAUUUUCUGAAAUACACUAUUUUUAUUUACCGAAAAUUAUUAGAUAACUUAGAUCAAAAGAUGAUUUAAAUUAACCAGAAAACCACACCAUUUGUGGCGAGUGCUGUUCUAAAAAUUUAUAGUACUGCGAAGUUAAUAUACAACCACCAUGGAUUUCUUUUCGGAGAUAAUCGGCGAAACCGUUAUACUUGGCAUAGAUUCCCUGAUAUUGGGAUUUUGUGUGAAACAGCUGAGCAAAUGUAAACAUAUCCUGAAUGCUUUACAGUCUGCACCAGUAUUAGAUAUAGACUCCUCACUGAACAAGGAAAUAAACAAGUACCCCAGCCAUGUGAUCCCAUAUGUGGUGAUCCGAGGCCUGGUGAAGCCCCUGGGUAACCCCAUCACCAGUAAUUAUAACCACUCUGUCACUGGAGUCAUACAGAGAUUAACAAUAAAAGAACAUGUGAUAGCUCGGACCUCGGCAGGGUUCUGGUCAGAUCAAACUCGCACAAUCCAUGAAGUGUACAAUUCCACACCAUUUGUCCUCAGCAAUGGCAAAUAUACCAUUGAGGUUGUUGAUGCACUGGCUGCAGAAUUGUUGGAUCUGGAUGUAAUCUCGGACAAGUUUGAGCCCAUGUCACCAGGAGUAAUAGACCAUGUUUGGGGAUUCUUUUCUGGGGUCCGACAACGUGGCCUUCAAACCAUGGAGGAGAUGUUACGAGACGGGUCCUAUAUCACGGCAAUAGGGGAGCUUAGCAGAACCAGCGCAGGGCUGAAGAUUCAGCCGCCCAGAGAUGGGUUGCCACUGUAUUUGACCACAGCUACUAAAUCCAGUUUACUGAAGAGGCUUGCGAGUUCACGAGAUUUCUUGAGAAUCCUAAUGGUACUAUUCGGCACAGUAGCAGCGCUGGCCUCGGGCCGCAUCGUGUACAAAUACCUCAAGAAGAGAAAGCGACGCGAGGCGGAAGACCUCAUGAAGAAGCAACUGGCUGCAGGUCGAAGAGAGAGACGCGCACACACGAGGGACAAGAACCUCAGUGAAGUUCAACUCUGUGUGGUGUGCACUGAGAACCCUAAGGAGAUAAUCCUGCUGCCGUGCGGUCACGUGUGUCUGUGCGAGGACUGCUCGGAGAACAUCCGGGACAAGUGCCCCAUCUGCCGGGAGCGGAUAGACUCACGAGCACCCGCCUUCAUCACUUAGGACUAAACACAAAAACUAACUUAUCAUCUUCAUCAAACGAUAGACGCACACUGCUGGACCUAGGUAUCUUGCAAUGCCUUUUAGGGUCUAAAUGCCAUGGUCUUGCACCACCCUAAUCUAGCGCAGUGCAAAAUAAGUGGUCCAAUCUGAAGUCUCAACGUGGUGGUUUGUGCGGGUCAUAAAGUAAAGAUUAAAAAUAUACAAGUCCAUCUAAGGGCCGGCACACAUAUGGCGGAGCGCAGCGCAGAGCAUUUUUCACAGUCAAAGCAUUAUCGUCAUUGUCCUCAUUGA